AUGCCAGGCAGCUCGAGCGGCCCCAGCGAGCAACAGGAUCUUCGCCGCCGGGACCGCCCAUGGCUGCUCCCAUACAACCGGAAGAUCAGGCAUCUCCAGGGCAUCACCAUCCGUAACUUGGCCCUCGUCCAAGCCGCCGGCCGCCCACGUCGAGGCACGAUUGACGACGACGCCAUUCCUUCGUCUCUAAAGACCACCACCAAGGCCCUGGCCCAGCGCGAGAGCCGCAAGCUUGAGCACUCUCGCUCUUCCACCGAUCUACGAUCCAACGACCUCAAGCCCAUCAGCGAGUCUGCCGUGAAUGACUCCCCCCGCCCGGAUAGCAAGGAUGCUGCUGCUUCGGAUGUGUCUCUCAGGCCGGGCUUUAGCAGGAUGCGGCGCCGGAGCACUAUGGAAUGGUCGGGAGCCAGUCCGUUGGAGCGCCAAAAGAAACUCGAGGAUGUGACCGGCGGACGCAUGGCCAAUACCUUUUUCUCGCUGCACGUCGACGGCAUUGGUCAGCCCGUCUACGUGAGCGAGGAAGUCGAGAAGGCGAUGAAUCCCGACUUUCGCUUCUUCGACCUGCACUCGUGGGGGCCGGCCGUGACCAGGCUGGACGAGCUCGUUGUCAAGGUCUGGGUCAAGAGCGAGGCCAUGGCCGAGCACCAGCACCUCUUGGACAUCGCCGUGAACUUCCGCUCCUUGCAAUUCAUUGGCAAAUCACUUGACAGCUUCCAUCACCCCUUUCCUCAGAACUGCAUUCUGUUCCACUUUACCGACGGCAUAUACACCAGCUUUAUGGACAUUGCUUCCGAAAACUAUCGCCUCGACUUUGCUGCCACCCCGGCUAAAUCCAUGUCCGCCGCCCCUCAGUCAACCUCCUCAUACGACCAACUAAUGAGGCUUUCCACACUGGAUGACUGCAUUCAAGAUGCCUUGGCCACCCGGGACCGUCUAACAACAGAAAUCAAUGCCAUAAUCGAGAGCAACGACGAAUCUCUUUCCACGGCGAACCGCGUUCCUGAGGCUCAGGAGAGGCUAAAGCAGGUCGAGGCGGCAGUAGCUUCGCAAAGGAGACGUUUCGAAGCUGCAAGGAAGAAGCGCAACGAUCUGCAAGCCAGCAUCAAGUAUCGUCGAGAGGCCAUGGAAAAAGGACGAGUCCUGCAAGCUCAAACUCUAGAAGACAUCGAACACGGCAAGGAGCAGCUUGAAGAGCGGAAAGUCACUCUCCAGCAGACACAGGACGAGAUUCUCGGGCACAGACGGCGUGUCUGUGAGGAUUUGUCCAAAAUCUACCCCAUUGAGCCCAUACCUGGCCGUUCGCUUUCUUUCACUAUCCGAGGCCUUUCACUGCCCAAUUCCGAAUUCGACGACGUCAGAGAGGAUGUAACUGGCGCCGCUCUUGGCUACGUGGCUCAAGUGGUUGCACAUCUGUCCGUCUAUCUCUCCCUUCCAUUGGCUUAUCCCAUCGAGCCAAAAGGAUCGAGUUCUACGAUCGAAGAUCCCAUCUCCAUGACCACCGGGCCGCGCACCUAUCCCUUGUUCAUGAGAGGCACCGUCAGGUACCGGUUCGAGUACGGCGUCUUCUUGCUCAACAAGAACAUUGAGCUCCUCUCCAACGAGCUCGGCCUCAAGCUUCUGGACAUACGCCAGACGCUCCCGAACCUCAAAUACCUCCUCUACGUCGCCACCGCCGGCAAGGGCGACAUUCCUGCGAGGAAGGCGGGUGGCUUCAGGGCUUUGCUCAGGUACCCCGGAACUCCAAAUGACUCCCGCAGAGCCUCUGAAGAUAGCACCGCUAACGGUGCUACUCCUCAAGAGAAUGGAGGGGCCCGCGGCACAGUGGCAUCGGCGAAAGCAGCAGCGGCGGCGGCGGCGGCGGCAGCAGCAACUGACAAAGGUGGGAUGGCGGCGUCGUCGCUGGUCAAGGGCGAUGGCAAUGGCAAUGGCGGUAUCAGCAUCACGACCACCCCUAGUUUUAAGAUCCAGAAGCCUGCCGCGCUAGGUAGCGUGUCAUGA